AUGCGCGAGAGAGACCAGAGCUCGGACGAUGCUUUCCAACCCCAACAACCGAACCCUCUCACGCGCCGCGCUGCCGCAUCUGCCGAUACCGAGCCCGAAAGAAGCGAGGACAGUGUUCACCGACGUCCCGAUAUCGUUCGUAUAACAGAACACAGAGUGUCACGAUGCGAUCGGUCACGAGUAGAGCUCCACGUUCUCUGGCCACAUCAUGCAACGUCGUGGGAGCCGGAGCGGGAACUCCAGAUCAACGCCCCCGAUGAGUGGCUGGCGUAUACAUCGGGCGUUGAGCAUCGUGCGUGCUUGGGAGAACAUCAGCGUGACAAGUGGCACGUUCUGGCUAUCCACUCGAAUUGGGUUGCCAUAGCUCAAGAGAGCAGACGCCGGGAUCGAAAAGUCAUACUUCGGGUAUCAUGGGAGGGCAGCACAGAGAGGACGGAUAUCACCGAAAGAUCCGCGCGGCUGCGCAAUCCAGCAAUGAUCGCUGAAUACUGGCAAAACCAGGGUCGUAGAGAUGUUGCACUGCUCGAUGCCGACAUUAGGGAGGCCUGA